AUGUACUUCAAGCUUCAAGCCCUAUCGCUCGCCCUUAUCGGCGCUCUCCUCCUAUGCAAUGACAUAGUCAAUGCGACGCCUCAACGCAGACCCACCAAGAAAACAACAACCACAUCGGCCAAAGCAACUUCUACCCCAAUCGCCACACCAACACCAAAGCCCCUCCAUGGCUGCCGAGUCUUCGUCCAAAGAUGGGGACUCAACUCCUGGGAAACAUUUGAUACCAUGUACGAAAGCAACGGCAAAGAAAUCUACAACCAAGCCACAAUUGGCAGUACCACUCCCGGCGACGAGCUAGUGCCAUACCAGCUCGGUUCCAACAUCUUGCACAUCUACAACACUGCGAAUCCAGUUUAUGUGGGACUUCCUGCUGGGACUGCGGAUCCGGGGAAGUUGAGCUUUGCUUGGGGGACUCAGAAGUGGGAUAAUUUCUCGCCGGGGAAUCCGUGUGUCAAUAUGGCUUCGACUGCGGGGUUGAAUUCGUCGUGUACGUUUUCGUGUGAUAGGUAG